CCUGGGUUUUAAUGUUUACAUGAAUGUCAUCAGUAGUUUAGUAUCUGUCAUCAACUAUUUGUUAUGUUUUUUCAAACCCACAAUGUUAAUUUACUAAAUUAAAUUUAAAUUGACGAGCUAUGGACAUUGCCAAAGAGAUCAAAGAAAGAGUAACGAAAGCAGCGUCGGAGGGCCUAAGUCAAAUAGCCUGUGGUUCCGUACCGAAAUCAUCACGAACUCGUAGUUUCUCAUCGCAAAUUAGUGACAUAAGUCAUUCAACUUCCGUGAACAGCUUCAAUGACUUUGUUCAACUCUCCACACACAGCUCGAUAAGUGCUCCUGUGAUACCUGUCAUCGAUCAGGAAAAAGUUGUCGUCAAAGAGUUGUUGUAUUGCUUGAUCGGUGUCGGUGGCAGUUAUAUUGUGCCAGUUGAAUGUACGGUCGAUGGCAUUGCAACGAUUAAAUUCAACAUUUCAGAUAAGAUACAAACGUCGCUGAGGGACAUCUUACAGGAAAUACUUCCACUAGCUGGCUACUAUUAUGUCGUUCAUAAAAGUGUUUGUGUUACUAGUUCCACAGACAGUGGACUGGUGAUGAAUGCUUUCAGUGCGUCCCUACGUUCCCUGAUUAACGAUUAUUACCUCUCCUUGGUGCAACUGGAAUCAGAAUACCGUGAACGAUCAUUGAGCCUACAAAAGUUACUGUACUUUGUCCGUCCAACCAUGCAUAUAUUUGAGAUUCUAGCUGGAAUUGCCGGUCAACUCGACAAAUACGAUGACCUCAACGGUGCGAACUUAUUGACAUUCCUUUACGAGAAGAUCACUUCACUGACGGGUGACCUAAAUUCACAACGCAUUAUCAUCCAUCUGACAAAAAUGACAGCGGCUCCGUAUAUCGAGAAGCUUCGAUUGUGGAUGCUCAAAGGGGUAAUAAUCGAUUCUCAGGACGAAUUUAUGGUCAAAGACAAUGAAAUACUGCACAGGGACGGUGCCGAUUUGAAUCACUACUCGGCCGAAUAUUGGGAGAAACGCUACAUAUUGCGCCGAGACAAAACGCCCAAAUUUCUGGAACCAUUGUCUGAUUGUAUACUGCGCACGGGGAAGUAUCUGAAUGUGAUUCGGCAAUGCGUUGACCAUACAAAUGCAUGUGACAAUGAGCUCAUUUUCUCGCCGGACAAUCUGACGACACUCACUCAUUUCGUACAAAAUGCGUACAAAGUGGCAUCGGAAACGUUGCUCAAAGUAUUAGUCAAAGACAACGACCUAAUGGGACAUUUAUUGUCAAUCAAAAAGUAUUUGCUGUUGGAAGCUGGUGAUUUUAUCAAUCAGUUCAUGGACGCAAGUGAUCGAGAAUUGGCGAAAAAUGUGGACAAAAUCUUGCCAAUGAAAUUGGAUAAUUUGCUGGGUUUGACGCUACGAGUUGCAUCGACCAAGUUUGAUGAAUACAAAGACGAUUUACAUUGUCAACUGUUUCCGUUCGAGUUAGUUAAACAAAUGGAAAAAAUUCAUCUGGCUGGUUGUACGUAUGAUGAUUACUGGCAUGGUGACAAAAUUAAUUUGACCGGGCUGGAGUGCUUCUCAUUCCGGUAUGAUGUGAAGUGGCCCAUUUCGUUGAUCCUGAAUCAUUACGCCAUCAUACAGUAUCAAAUGCUGUUCCGGCAGCUGUUCUACUGCAAACACGUUGAACGACAACUGUGCAAAUUAUGGAAAGACAACAACAAUACGAAGAAAUUUUCACCUGAAACUGCAGAGUUGUACCGAUCGGCUUUCAUACUUAGACAGAGGAUGAUGAGUGCUAUUCAAAACAUAGAAUACUACAUGAUGAUCGAAGUGAUUGAACCGGCCUGGUUGGAAUUUGUCGCUAAAAUUGGUAAAGUGAGUGACGUGGACGAUGUUCUGUUGAUACACCAAGACUUCCUGGAAGUGUGCCUACACAAUUGCAUGCUGAAAAGUCCAGAUCUGUUGCGAUCGGUGGUCAAACUGUGCAACAUUUGUUUGAAUUUCUGCAAAUUUAUGCAGCGGGCACAGCUUUACUUUAUUGAUGCCGAAUUAACCUCGAUGGUUCAGUCAGAUGACUCAAAUGAUUCGGAUUCGGAUGCCGAACCGUUGAGUCAUAUGCAGCAGAGCGAAUCAUCGUUGGCACCCACCGAAACAUUUUCCGAACGAAUCAAACGAUUCGAUUUGGAAUUUACAUUUCAGCUGAUUGGACUGAUGAAGAAGAUCAAUGACUCUGCUUUUGAUACCCACUCAAGUAAACUGGUCAACUUAGUGCAUAGAAUUAACUUCAACUCAUUCUACAAACAACAGUUGGAGCAGAUAUCAUGCACAAAUGAUAUCAAGAUUUCAUUGUAGGUUGUAUAUAUAACAUGUAGCUCAGUGUGUUCAGUGUAAAUUUAGUUAUAAGUCAACGCGAACAUUAUAUAGAUCUCACUCACAAUGAA